ACAUUUCGUCGUGGAGAUAGCUACUACUGUGGGCAAUGCUUUCCUCGUGGCUGGAGUCUCGGCCAAUCUCGUCGCCAUCGGGAUCUGCAACGCUAAGGCAUUUCGAGGUACGGCAUUCGCCAUCUACGCCAAGAUCCUGCUGUUCCUCAACAUAAUCCUUCUGUGCCUGGUGCUUGCUCGGCAUCAGAUGUUUCUGCUCGACUGGGGGCAAGGCCACAUUUUGGACAGGCGUCGCAGCACGUGUGUGAACACCAACUGGUUUUAUUACCUGGCUGACCACUGCUUAGCCGCCAGUACAUGUCUCCUGGGCUACAACAGAAUCAACGCUCAGCGUGGCGUGGACUACUUCCGCAAGCCCGAGGACGCCAUGAGGUGGCCGGUCAUGGUCAACGUCAUCCUGUGGCUACUAGCCACUGUGCCUGUGUCCAAGUAUGCGCAGAACCGACAUUUGACCACUCGCUUGUUCAACCGCACAGAAUGCUCUUUCGCGCUGAGGAAGCCCUUCUGUCCUUCUAUCCCGGCCGAUUGGAUCUUAGCCAAUCUCCCACUGUUAGAAGACUUCGUCCUCAUCUUCAUCCUGGUAUUUCUGACCUUGGAGGUUGUCCUCAAGCGCAGACGACAGAAACGUCAACAGGGCUUGAUACAGAGGGCUCUCAGCUCCUCGACCUCAUCCUACGUGGACUGUCUCGAACAGGGAAGCUUCACGAAGACUCGAAGACGAUCCGGAAAACAGAGAGACGGAAAUAACUUAUUCGGCGAGUCGUCCAUGACGAGGUCAGAGUCCCUAAACUUGAGUGAAUCCACCAUUACUGAUGACGAGGAGGAUAUACAGAUCCGAGUCGCCUCUGUCACUGGCAUGACUGUGGCUCUGAUCGUAGUGUACACUCUGCUGAGACUUCCCAGAGACCUGCUCCUAUCAACAGAGGUGGCGCAUUACCUGUCCGGAAGUGCCCUCGCCUUCUACGAGAUGGCAAAGAGCCGCAUGGACAUUUUACUCCUCGUAGAGCUCGUUAACAUGGCCAGCCUUUGCCUACCACUGCUCAUAUUCUACGUCUUCGGGUCUGCGUACAGACGAGAAGCGAAGAUGAUGCUUUUUGAG